AUGCGAUACGAGAACUGGGAUGUGCUGCUCUUCCCUGAGAGCUCCAAGGUGCCGAUUCAGGAGUUCAGGACACAAUGUUUCGUUACCCAAGAGGAAGUGGAGACUCCGUAUAUCAACAGUGCUGCCAUCGUCAAUCCAGGCUCUUACUUCAUGCCGCGAGCUAGUGUUGUCCAACUGCCAGUUCUCACCACUUUCAUCCCGAGUUUGCCCCAGAAUACCCCGUUCCGAGUGUCUGUUCAUAGCUGGGACAAACCUCGUCCCAGCCUUUUAAUGGAGAGUUUGAUGCAACCAGAUGAUGCCUUGCUCUUCGAGAUCCGGAUUUUCAUUGAUGGGCUAUGUGUUUCAAUCAGAGUGGUUAUAGCUGAAGGAUUCGCUCGGCCAAAUCGCAAUCCUCCGUUCGAGAGAGUCAAGGAUAUAAUUGCGUUUUCGUUCCAGCAUGCGCCUCUGCGUAAGUGCUUUCUGAUGAUCUCUCUUCCCUCUAACCAAGUGGUCUCAGCUGAUCCCAGAGCAGAAGUCCUAGAGUGCUCCAACAUUGCCUGGCCUAAUUCUGGCAUGUGGUCCCGCGGGCAGCGUGUCUUCAAAUACAAUGCUGGAAGCGUUCUGAGUGGCACAAAGCAAGAAGAGGACCUACAUGCCCACUCGCCAACUCGACAUGAGAAUCGAAGCGUGGUAGCCAACAGCAACCGCGUCAGUAACCCAGCGGCGUAUACAGCUUGGCCGUAUAGGAAUUAUCCACCACCUCCCCCGCCUCAGUGGCAAAAUAGCAACAGGGAGACAACGUGGACGUAUCAACCUACUCAAGAACCUCUCAUGGCGGACCCUUUCAUCGAUCCACACAUCCUUGACCCCGCUGCACGCCAUCGAGGGGCAAGACCUUCUUGGGAGGACGUGUGUAUGCCUGAUUAUAUUUCCAAUUCAUCCAGCAGCCGCGCUAUAUCCAGCAUGACCGGUAUAAGCUACGAGCAUAGCAAGCAACCAAGCAUUGUUGCUCCUAUUGAUGAGGAAACGUAUUCUCAACUUUUCGAGGGAGUCAGUCCCCCAAAGCCUCUCGCCUGCACUUCUCAAGCACCCAAGAAUACGUCAUCAGCAUUACCUCCUGUUGCUUCUAAGCUUUCUGCUGCUGCCGAAGAGCGUUCAUCGUCUUGUGUCAAGACAGCAAGGCGCCCGUCAAUUCUGAAGGAGCUUUCACAGCCAGGAUCCAGAAGCGUCUCUGGUUCCAGCGCCAAAUCCAGUCUCCCUGCCGAGGCAUUGCUGGAAGCUACAGCAACUUGCAAACUGCACGUUAGUCCUACUACACAGAUCAGGAGCAAGAAGGAGGGAAACUCUUCGGAUAACAAAGAGAAUGAGGCCUCUAGCGAGACACCACGCCGGGAUAAUGACAAGGUCGACCGUACACCUACCAAGCUCACCGUGCGCACAAGUGGAAAUUUCGAGACACCCAUCGAGUCCAGACGACGCCGUUCUACCACGGGUUCUGCUCGUGGAGGCGUGAGUCUCAUCGCUGAAAAAGAGACGGUGCUCCUCAGUCCGUCCAAGAACUUGCCCGUGGUCGAAGAUCAUGUCACCGUAGUGGAAGAUCAUGAUCAACACGCAAGCUUUGGUGACUUUCUGGAUGCGAAACUUCAGAUUAUCGACACCGCUGCCGAUGCAGUCGAGAUUGACUAA